AUGGCCUAUAGCAGAAGUGGGAAUGGUUCUAGUGGUGUUUCACCUUUUAUCAAGCCUGAUAGGCUGAGAAGGAAUUUUUUGAGGGCUAGGAGGAGUAGAGGAGCUACACCCAAGACGACCAUAAAGAAGGAUGAUCCUGAGAUACAGGAGGCAAGAGAGAGGAUGAUGUUGCAUCAAGGCAACAGUACUAUGGAAAAUGGUAAGAUUAAGGUGAAAGAAGAGGCACCUGAAGAGUUCAACGAAUUCCCCCUAAGAGCAGUAGCUAAGGAAGAGUUGGAUAAUAUGAGAACCCAUCUCUUAAAAUUUCAAAGCAAGAAAGGUAUAAAUCCCACACAGGACUUCCAUUUACCUAUCAGAUUACAUCGUAAGGACACCAGAAAUUUACAAUUCCAGUUGACUAGAGCAGAAAUCGUACAGAGACAGAAGGAAAUUACAGACUACAAGAAGAAGCAGGAAAGUGAAAGAACUGGGAAUAAAAGAAAUAAUGACAAUGUGGCUCAAAAUCAAACGGGAGAAGCAGUGGAAAACCACGUUGACAAAAGGAGUCCAGGUUCUCCACCUGCUGGUACUCAGGCAGGAACUGAAGCAUCUCCUGAAGAUCCGUCAGGUGCAGAGAGUCCACAAGGUCAAGGUCCGAGCGCGGGUGAAAAUCCUUCUAAACCAACUGAAGGUAUGCCAGUCGUUACUAAGUUAGAAGAAGCGGGUCCAGCAGCAGAUCCAACUAAAGUCGGUAUGGUUAAAUACGAUGGUGAAGAAGCUUUAGAUGAACAAGAUGAUUUAGCCACAAUGGAUCCACUUGCAGACGUGGCUCCUGAUGGUGGUGGACGUGCCAAGAGGGGGAACACUAGAAGAAAGACUCGUCAGUUGAAAGUGUUAGAUGAGAAUGCCAAGAAGCUAAGAUUCGAAGAAUUUUACCCAUGGGUUAUGGAAGAUUUUGAUGGUUACAACACUUGGGUGGGAUCCUAUGAAGCUGGUAACUCAGAUUCUUACGUCUUAUUGAGUGUAGAAGACGAUGGGAGUUUCACUAUGAUACCCGCUGAUAAAGUUUACAAGUUUACUGCUAGAAAUAAAUAUGCUACCCUAACAAUCGAAGAAGCUGAGAAGAGAAUGGAUAAGAAGAGUGGUGAAGUUCCCCGUUGGUUAAUGAAACACCUGGAUAACAUCGGUACUACAACUACAAGAUACGAUAGAACAAAGAGAAGAUUGAAAGCGGUUAAUGACCAACACGGUAAUGAUGAUGGUGAACACAGUGAUAAUUCCGAAGUGGAAUUAGAUUAUGAUGAAGAAUUUGCAGAUGACGAAGAAGCACCUAUCAUUGACGGUGAUGAAAAGGAAAACAAAGAAUCAGAACAAAGAAUCAAGAAAGAAAUGUUACAGGCUAAUGCUAUGGGGCUAAGAGAUGAAAAUGCUCCUAAUGAGGAUGAAGAAGAUGAUCUAUUUAAUGAGAAAAAAAUUGAUGAGGAGGGUGAAAGAAUUAAAAGAGCAUUACAGAAGACAGAAUUGGCUGCAUUGUACUCAUCAGAUGAUGAAGAGAUCAAUCCGUAUCUAUCAGAAUCGGAUGUGGAAAACAAAGAACAAUCAGAACAAGGUAAUAAGGAAAAUUCAGAGGAAUCACCUUCUUCCAAGAAGGGAUCUCCAAAGAAGAAUGUAGGUUCUUCAUCUUCAUUGAAUGCACAUAGAGAACCACAGAUAAAGGUUAAGAGUAUUAAGGACUGUGUUAUAGUUUUGAAAGCGGAUAAGAAGGUGUUGACGAAUUUCCCAGGAGGUGAUUGGAAUCCCGAAUUAUCUAAACGUAAAAGAGAAGAUGGUACAGCUGACGCGGCUGAGAAUACCCCAUCAAAGAAGGUCAAAUUGGAAGAAAAUGCAACACCAUUAAUCGCGGAACAAGAUAUCAUCGACGCUAUCGGUGAUGGUAAAGUCAAUGUCAAAGAUUUCGGUAAGACCAUUAGAAGGAAAUACCCAGGUCCAGACAACAAAAAACUCAUGGUGGCUAUUGUCAAGAAACUUUGUAGAAAGGUGGAUGACGAGCACAUGGAACUCAAGAAAUGA